AACUCCAUAUAUACUUAAAAUUAAAAGCAGGGAGAGCAAAAGGUGGAGCGAGUCUUGUAUUGAAUGCCACAUAUGUUCCCCCAUUAACUCUCUCUCCUUUCUAUCAACCUUUUCUUUCAACCUGUUAAUGUUAAUAUCCAAAAUUAAAAUACGAAAAUAAUCAAAUUCAUUAACAAACAUAAUAUUGUAAUUAUCAGAUCACGAUUAUUUGAUUUAGUGAUAAAUAAACAACAAUGUCUUGUUCAUCGUCGUCGUCGGCAUCGGAAGAGGAAGAUGAAGGAUUUGAUUCUUACCGGAAAGGAGGAUACCAUGCGGUCAGAGUCGGCGAUUCAUUUUCCGGUGGACGAUAUAUCGCUCAGCGAAAGCUCGGCUGGGGAGAGUUUUCCACCGUUUGGCUUGCUUAUGAUACUCGAUCAUCCGGAUUUGUUGCCUUGAAAAUUCAGAAAAGUGCACCACAAUUUUCUCAAGCAGCUCUUCAUGAAAUUGAAGUCCUUUCUGCAAUUGCCAAUGGUGAUCGAUCUAACAGUAAAUAUGUUGUACGACUUAUUGACCAUUUCAAGCACACAGGCCCUAAUGGACAGCACUUAUGCAUGGUUCUUGAAUUUCUUGGUGAUAGCUUAUUGCGGCUUAUCAAGCAUAAUCGGUAUAAGGGCAUUGAACUGAACAAAGUUAGGGAGAUAUGCAAAUGCGUUUUGACUGGUUUAGAUUAUUUGCAUAGGGGACUUGGAAUUAUUCAUACAGACUUGAAACUUGAAAAUAUUCUUUUACUUUCCACAAUUAAUGCAACAAAGGAUCCCAUUAGAUCCGGAACUACUCCCAUACUUGAAAGGCCUGAGGGGAACCCUAAUGGAGGAGUAACAAUGAAUAUCAUUGAGAAAAAGCUGAAGCAAAGGGCAAGAAGAGCAGCAGCUAGGAUAUCCGGAAGACGGUCUUCAAUGGGUGGGGUAGGAGGGACUCCAAAACCAAAUAGAUCUCUUGAUGGGAUUGACUUGAGGUGCAAGGUUGUGGAUUUUGGAAAUGCAUGCUGGGCGGAUAAGCAGUUUGCACAAGAAAUUCAAACAAGACAGUACAGAUCCCCUGAAGUUAUACUUCAAUCUGGAUAUUCGUUCUCUGCUGACAUGUGGUCUUUUGCUUGUAUUGCAUUUGAGCUUGCUACUGGUGAGAUGAUGUUCACGCCCAAAGGCGGAGAAGGUUUCAGUGAAGAUGAGGAUCAUCUAGCUAUGAUGAUGGAGCUUCUAGGGAAGAUCCCUCGGAAGAUAGCCGGUGCUGGGGCUAAAUCCAAAGAUUACUUCGACAGGUACGGAGAUUUGAAGAGGAUCCGUAGGCUGAAAUAUGGUUGUCUAGAUAAAUUACUAGUUGACAAGUAUAGAUUUUCUGAAAGCGAUGCUCAUGAGUUUGCGGAAUUUCUCGGUCCUCUUUUUGAUUUUGAGCCAGAUAAACGACCAACUGCUGAGCAGUGCUUGCAACACCCGUGGCUCAACCUUAAAAAUCUUAAGCAAACAGAGGUUAGGUGUGAAUUGGAUACGGAAAAGGUUAAUGUCGGUAUGAGCAAACUACAAAUUAAGGCGGUUAAGUGAAGUUCGGAUGACUAUUCUUCUCACUGCUAUUCAGCCUUAUGUCCCACUCUCCACCUGUAUCAGUGUCAUUUGUGAUUUAAUUUUUGAAUUGUUUUAGUUUUCUUAAUACGAUUUGCUCCAUUCAUUAGCUGUGUAUUGGUAGUUUUGGAUGAUCAUGACGGGGAAAUGCCUUCCGAAGGAGAAAUUGACCUCACUCCUAAUUCAUGGUUCUAAUGAUGUUGAUUGUCACUGAAGGAAAGAUUCCUUCUUUCCCAUGAUAAAGCAGUUGCCCGUGUUCUGAGGAAACAGAGCUCUAUUUUUCAUCAUUUGAACGUAGAAAUAUGAGGAGAGACACAAGGAAAGGAGAAAAAAAGGGUUUUGCUUUUGUUUAUUGAAUGAACAUGGAAGGGAACACAGCUGAGACCCUUGAUCAUUUAUUUGCCUCAAACUUUCUGAUGGAAGCUGGCGAUGCAAAAGCUGGCAAAGGAUUUUCUAACACAUACUGAGGUCCCCCUUUUGUAAACAUGAUCUGAAAAUUUGUAGGUUGUCUCUACUUUUUGAUCUAAUGCUUGGUUUCUCUGUGUAAUGGUUUGUCUUCUGAUCAACACUAAUCUCUUGAGUACUAGAGUUAACUCUACCACGUUAUAUUUUUAUUUAUGAGAUGUUCUACAACUAUUGUCUCAGAGGCAA